AUGUCUGAUACGAUUGACUCGGGUCAGGAGGAAGGAGUAUCAGCGCAGUCAAAGCCUUUCCAAUCAAUUAAACCGAUGGUUACGGGCAAGCCAAAUCAAAUACAACUGACCUUUAAUGAUUUUAAAAACGUGACGAUGACAAAGUCACCAGAGGAUAUGCUCAAGCAUGCCAACGACAUGCUUGAGCAAUCAAAAAGGAGGCGGUCACGUCGUGUGGUUCCCAAGAGACCACUCGAUGAUGAUGAAGAGGAACCGCCUAAAAGGCAAAUCAAAAAGAAGCGUAAGCCAGUCAGUAAAAAGGCCAAGGAGAGCAACAUAGAUAGGGAAGCUGUCAAGGAACGCGUCAAAAAGCAGCAACAAAGCGCUAUUCAACAAACUACAGAGCCGUUACUUACUGAAGAAAGUUGGUCUCCAAAUGUCCCGCUCAAGUCAUCGGACUUCAAAUCGCAUCACAGUGUGGUUUCUCGCCUUAAAUCACCUAAUAUGAAAACAGUACCUUAUGCUAAUGACGUUAUUAGGGUGAUGUCUUUUAUUAAUAAGUUCAAUCAAUUCUUCCCUCGCGAACUAUGGGGCCUCUCUUUCCAAGAUUUUGAAGUUGGUUUAGACUUGUACCCAGAAAUUGAAAAAGGCUCGACGCAACCUUUGUACCAAGAUUUUCUCUUGAUUCGGGAUGUGGUGAGAAGUCAGGAUAAAAUGAAUCUCUUGUUUCUGUCACUUUUGAAAUUGGCUCUGAAUAAUAACUCUGCUACCUCAAUGGAGGCGCUGCGUAACACGUCCAGGCCGUACGCGAAAUUUAUUGAUCAAUUACGUGCGCAUGCAUGGUCUUGGGGAUAUCCAAGGGAAUGGCGGAAAGAUCCCAGCUCAACAAUGAGCAAAGAAGAUUGUAAGUACUUCGCAGAAGAUGAUAAUGAUCCAGUGGAUAUCAGUCAUCCCGAAAUUUUAACUCCAAACAUUUAUGUAUGGCCUCAACAAAGUCCAAUUGAUCAAGAUCCUUUGGCGACUUCUGAACUGGAGAAGAACGGUAUACUUGCGCUUCAACCCCGCGAUAGGUCUAUUUUGUUAAGGAUUUUAACGCAAUGGUGUUUAGCACAAUCGGAAAAAAUUCAUUCUGAAAUCUUCCGUUUAUCGCACCUCAAGAGAGAUCCUCCUUUUGGGGUCUCCACUUCACACGUCCCUCUGCUAAUGGCGGAGGGUGAACUCGUAAUGCGGGCUAAAUUCAAGAGACUUUGCGAGCUUUUGGCUACCAAAUUGAAGUUGAAGAGCAAGAAAAAACACGUCAAGAAGCAGCUGGAGACGGGUAAGCGUGAGGGCCUCUCCAACAAACUGAAAGUUUUAGAAGCGAUUCAGCAAGACAUGAAAAAAAGGGUUCGCGAAAGAGAGCUUAAUGAAUCUCCGGCAGUUUCUGAAUGGGACGAAAGCAUAGACAAGGACUUUGAUGAAUGGUGUGAUUUAAUUAAAGGAGAAGUUCCGGAUCAUCCACUGCAGUCCCCAUUUGGCGAUGAAAUAUACAAAUUGAGAUCAUCAGAAUUUUUCAUAGGGCGUGUGCCACAUGUUGGAGAUUUCUACUUACCUCGUCUGUUUACCUAUCAAAAUCAGAAGGGAAUGAAAAUUCCGUCGACCUAUACUGAUUUCCGGUCUUUAAAACAGCUUUUCGCAUCAUUUGCCAGUAACGAGGUGGAUGCGUUCACUCUGUUUGGUAAAAAUGGUAAAUUGAUGAGUGUUCAAUUUAAGCUCUUAUACCAUGACACCCCAAGUAUGAUCCGCGAUGUUGCGUCCCAGGCAGACACUAAAUCAAAAACGUACUGGUAUGAAAUGUGCCAUAAUUGUGAGACCCUCCAGGAAUUUAUUACAUUACUCGACUACAAACUUGGUCUUAUCGAGAUUACCGAUGGCGAUUCCACUAACAAAUCUGCAAUAAAUAAAAACCCUCUUCCUAAAGAAUCCAAGUACAAUGCAUCGCGUGAAAAGAUACGCAUACUCAAGAAUUAUUUGACUCAGUUGUAUUAUUUCCUAGAAAAGUUUGAAGAGUUGGGGGUAAAAUACGGUGAUAUGCAAGCUAAUGAUAGAACCCUGAGAAGGUCCCAAAGAAACAAAGUAAACUACGCUGAUGAUGACGGCGCAUAUCAGGAUGAGGGAGACGAGUAUCUCCCAGAAGAACAAACUGAAAACUCAGAGGAUAACUAUCAGGAUGAUGAUGAUCAAAAUCCUGAUGAUGACACCAAUAGCGAUGAUAGCGACGAAGAAGCUAGGUUCCAACAAAGACGCUUGAAGCCCUCCACAACUCGCGUAAAAAAGAGGGGGCGUGGGCGGCCCCGAAAGAAUAUCUAG